AAUCGGAUGGUGGUGAGGAUGACGGUGAGGAGACAAUUUUGGAGGAGGGGCUAAAGAUUGACUCUGUUGAAAGUGAAGCCGUUGAAUCCAAUGGUGAUGAUGUAGAUAACGGUAGAAAGGAGAAAUUAAACGCCGAUGGAACCGAACUAACAGAGACAACUGGAACAACGAGCGGAGAAACGAAUGAGAGUGUUGGCGACGAAGUUGUUUUGGAAACGCCAACAGAGAAAUUACAAACCCGAAGUGAGUCGAGUAUUGGAAUGAGUGCUGGAGCUGUGCGGAAAACUCUCGUAAGUAAUGGAUGUUUUUUAUGCGUUUUUGCAGCUAUGCAGUGCAGAAAAUGCAUAUUGACGAGGGGUUGUCUGUGUGUGUCUGUUUGUUCGUCUGUACCGAUUUUUCAUCUCGAGACCUACUAA